GAGGGUUGUCUGUCCUGUUGUCUGACUUGAGGGUGUGGGGAAAAGUUUCUGAGGUUGUACUUCAGGUGAACCGUGUGGAAGGCAGUCACGUCGGCAACGGAGAACUUGACAGCUAAUUGUAGUGACUGGGGUUUUGAAAGGGCACCUACUGUUUUAUAGGGUGCACAGCCGCUGGUGACUGACAGUUUUUGAUUAUCAGACAUUAUUCUGUGAUAAUUUGAGCAAUGCCGGCUGUUUCGUAAAAGGACACAAAGUGAAAUAUGAGGUACCGGAUCGGGAGCAGUUGAAAGGGUCUUUUCGUUAUAUAUGUCUUCAUCUGUCCCUACUGGGUAGCAGCAGCUGUAACGAGACGGUCGAUCCUUUCUUCAGCGGGCCGGUUUGUUUAUGGAGUAGGCAGGCACCAGCCCGAUUUGGUUCGCCACCCGAGUGCCCCAGGGGUACGCUGCUGCCACAGGAGUACGUAAGCACUUUGGUGGCCUGCUCUCCAAGCAACAGACAUGAAACGUGCACAAUGAUGGCAGGCAGCUGUGCUACAAUGAGGACGGGGUGAUCAUGUACCGGAUGCAGGAGGAUGUCCUCAUGAUCCCUGUGGGAGGAGAGCAAGAUGAUGUGGAACCAAAUCAGAUGGAUUGUUCAUUCUCGGCAACAGAAAGCUCAGAGCCUUCCAGCAGUUUCUCAGAUCACAUCACCAUGGGUCUGGAUGAGAUGCUGGUUAGCGGGCUGUCUGUAGAGUGCAAGGUUUGUGGAGAUAAAGCUUCUGGUUUCCACUAUGGAGUACAUGCCUGUGAGGGCUGCAAGGGUUUCUUCCGCAGAACAAUCCGAAUGAAACUGGAAUAUGACAAAUGUGAACGGAACUGUAAAAUCCAGAAAAAGAACCGGAAUAAAUGUCAGUACUGUCGGUUUCAGAAGUGCUUGUCACUGGGAAUGUCCCAUAAUGCAAUCCGAUUUGGGCGUAUGCCUGGAGCUGAAAAGAGAAAGCUGGUGGCAGGAAUCCUUGAAGAUGGUACCACUGCUUUGAAUCCAGUGUCUGCAGAUUUGAAAGCACUUGCCAAACAUAUUUAUGAUGCCUAUCUCAAAAACUUCAAUAUGACUAAAGAAAAAGCACGAGCAAUCUUGACAGGCAGAGCCAACAAUAAUCCGCCUUUUGUUAUCCAUGACAUGGACAGCUUACAGCAAGCAGAGACAGGGGUUGUCUGGAAACAGCUCAUCAAUGGGAUCCCUCAGAGCAAAGAGAUUGGUGUCCAUGUGUUCUACCGUUGUCAGUGUACCUCAGUUGAAACUGUGCGUGAACUCACAGAGUUUGCAAAGUCUGUUCCCACUUUUGUAAACCUCUAUUUGAAUGAUCAGGUAACACUGUUAAAAUAUGGUGUUCAUGAAGCCAUUUUUGCCAUGUUGGCAUCUAUUAUGAACAAGGAUGGACUUCUGGUUGCCAGUGGUAAUGGAUUUGUGACUCGAGAAUUCCUCCGAAGCUUACGAAAGCCAUUCAGUGAGAUCAUGGAGCCCAAGUUUGAAUUUGCUGUCAAAUUCAAUUCUCUGGAGUUGGACGAUAGUGAUCUGGCCUUGUUUGUGGCAACUAUUAUCCUUUGUGGAGAUCGCCCUGGUUUAAUAAAUGUGAAACAGGUUGAAGAUAUUCAGGAUAACAUUCUCCAGGCACUGGAACUCCACCUACAAGCCAACCAUCCAGACUCACAAUACCUCUUCCCAAAACUCUUACAGAAGAUGGCAGAUCUGCGUCAGUUGGUUAAUGAGCAUGCCCAGCUAAUCCAAAAGAUCAAGAAAACCGAAUCUGAAACCUCACUGCAUCCGCUGCUUCAGGAAAUCUAUAAAGAUAUGUACUGAAUGUUUUAAUGUAGAAAAGCCAUGGCAGCAGAAACAAACUGCACUGAGACGAAAAUACUGACGUCUUCCACAGUUGCUACUUGAAGAGACUUUUAUACAAAGUUAACACAAAAUUAUCUCAAGUUACUUUUAUAUUAAAGUAAUCAGCUGCUCACAGAAAGUGGUUUGCCAGUUUACCUUAAGUAUCUACAGCUACUUCUGCUUUCCUUUGUUUUUUUUUUUGGGGGGGGGGGGGGUUGUUUUUUUUUUUUUUAAUUGUUAACCUGUUUCUCAGAUGAAUUUACAUUCAACAGAUUUUUUCUAUUCUACCUCCCCUGCCAAGCAUUCAGAAUACUGAAAUGCUGACUUUUUUCUUUAAUGACAUUUGUAACAGAUCAGAUCAUGUUAUCUUUCAUAAUGUUUAUAACUGUUGGGUAAUAUACUGAACUCUAUACCUUCCAGGCCUCAAAGAAGUUCUUAUAUCUAGUGUUUGUGUUCCUCGCCUGAUUGAAGACUGAGUGAUUUUUUUUUUUUUUUUUUUUUUUUUAAGAAACUUUCUACACUCCACUGCAACUUGAAAGUUACUGGCUCAAACUUCCUGGUUGACUGUGAGCGAUUGCUGGAAAAUACCUUGUAUAUCCAGAGUUAUAUUCCCAGUAUAGUUCAGAGCUUUUGUAUAUUCAUCACCAGAGCUUUGUAAAUGAGUUCUUGUUGCACUUUGUUUUAGGGGGGGGUGAACAUGAGAGCAAAGUAGUGAACAUUAAAAUACCUUGUUUCAGAUCAUGCUAUCACCAGAAAGUAAUUUCAGGUUCUGCUUACUCCUUUCCUCCAUCUGUUUUGGAUGGCAUUAUAAUACAGCUUACUGUAUUGUGUUUUCAGGUAAAGUUCCCAGUUAGUAGUGUCCCACAGAGCCCAAUGAUCUUGGUGUUAGAACCCAGCAGUAGCCGCUGCUUAAGGCACAUCUGAGGCCACAUUGUGUUUUGAGACUGAAUAUAGCUAGUCCUGAACCUGUUGUGAUCUGUUGUAUUCAUCGGGUCAAGAGUCAGGAGUUGGACCUUUCUCCUGCUAAAGGUUAGCACUCAUAAGUGGAUUUAGGUCCGUUCUCAGCCAGCAGCAUAUCACAAGAAGCUUUCUGUUUCAGAUAGCAUUUUAUGGUAUUUCAUAAAAUAUCCUGUAGUAUAUUUUUGUCGGUUAUGGGCUUUCUGGCCCCAGUUAUCUUGUAGCACUAAUGAACUUUUAGUGGCCGAUUGAAGUUUUCAUUCACUUCAGUUUAGAGCAGAGUACUAAUAUAAUGAAUCCAUAGUUUAAACUGGGACACACUGCUCCUGUCUUCCUUGUUAGAUAUCAUAAAACAUCAGCAGAGGGACAGAACUGCUGGGGUUUGGUGCUUUUUGGCUCAGGUAUCCAUCAUUUCUGUUUAGAUCCCCACCUUAGCAGCUUCCACCAGAAGUAUUAACUGUCCUUUUUCACUGUAGUUGUGUCAUAAAACUUGGAAAAAUCCUGUUGUCUGCUCUUUUUUCCCCCUCUUUGUGUAGAAGCUGAUAUUCUGUAGGUUGGUCAGGCUAUAAUAUGUUAAUUACAUGUAAAACUGUCCAUUGGUGCUGCUCGCAUUCCAGGCUCUCAUAAGGCUUGCACUUUCCGAAGCCUUCUGGUAAGUCAUGUUCAAAUUCCAACUCUAGUGAGACAUUUGUAGUGCUGCUGGAACUUUGGAAAUUGGUAACAGCCUUGUAAAACCAUGUAAACAUGAUUGUAAUAAAAUAAAUAAUAAUGUUUGUUUCCAAA